AUGACCCUGAAAUUUAAACAGGAAGAGAAUGGAAUAAACAGAAAACAGAAUAUAGAACAUCAUAAAAAAAGUGUUCCUACUGAGAUACCCACGGCAGUUGUAAUUAAACAUGAAUAUGAAGAACAGAAUGAACAGGAAGAUAUUCCAAAAAUUAGUCAUGAGGAAGGGAAUGAAAUAAAUAGAGAAAUAAGCACAUCAUAUAGUAAUCAUAAAAGUGUUCCUACUGAGGUAUCCACAACAGUUAUAGUUAAACAUGAAUUUGAAGAACAGAAUCAGCUGGAACAUAUUCCAGAAAUUAGUGAUGAGAAAGAGAAUGGAAUGAAGAGAGAAAUGAGCACAUCAUAUAGUAAUCAUAAAAGUGUUCCUACUGAGGUACCCACGACAGUUGUAGUUAAACUUGAAUAUGAAGAACAGAAUCAGCUGGAAGAUAUUCCAGAAAUUAGUGAUGAGGAAGAGAAUGGAAUAAAUAAGGAAAUAAGCACAUCAUAUAGUAAUCAUAAAAGUGUUCCUACUGAGGUACCCACGACAGUUAUAGUUAAACAUGAAUUCGAAGAACAGAAUCAGCUGGAAGAUAUUCCAGAAAUUAGUAAUGAGGUAAAUAAAAAAUUUUACUUCCUGUUUUCAAAUUUAGUUUGUUAAAAUUUUAAUAAAAUAAUAAUGAGCAACAGGUUCUGCAAUAUCUUAAUUUACGAUGUUAUUUAAAAGUAGAAAAGAACAUUGAUCUCUCUUAAUGCCACGGAAAUUAU